AUGCUGCGUCUGCUGCUUCAUACUGCUACCGCUCCCACGCCGCUCCCUCGCCGCUCCCUCGCCGCUCCCACGCCGCUCCCACGCCGCUCCCACGCCGCUCCCUCGCCGCUCCCACGCCGCUCCCACGCCGCUCCCACGCCGCUCCCACGCCGCUCCCACGCCGCUCCCACGCCGCUCCCACGCCGCUCCCCUCGCCGCUCCCACGCCGCUCCCACGCCGCUCCCACGCCGCUCCCACGCCGCUCCCUCGCCGUCCCUCCCACGCCGCUCCCACGCCGCUCCCACGCCGCUCCCACGCCGCUCCCACGCCGCUCCCACGCCGCUCCCCACGCCGCUCCCUCGCCGCUCCCACGCCGCUCCCACGCCGCUCCCACGCCGCUCCCACGCCGCUCCCUCGCCGCUCCCGCCGCUCCCACGCCGCUCCCACGCCGCUCCCACGCCGCUCCCACGCCGCUCCCCUCGCCGCUCCCACGCCGCUCCCACGCCGCUCCCACGCCGCUCCCACGCCGCUCCCACGCCGCUCCCACGCCGCUCCCACGCCGCUCCCACGCCGCUCCCACGCCGCUCCCACGCCGCUCCCACGCCGCUCCCACGCCGCUCCCACGCCGCUCCCACGCCGCUCCCACGCCGCUCCCCACGCCGCUCCCACGCCGCUCCCACGCCGCUCCCUCGCCGCUCCCCGCCUCCCACGCCGCUCCCACGCCGCUCCCACGCGCGCUCCCACGCCGCUCCCCGCUCCCACGCCGCUCCCACGCCGCUCCCACGCCGCUCCCACGCCGCUCCCACGCCGCACGCCCACGCGCUCCCACGCCGCUCCCACGCCGCUCCCACGCCGCUCCCACGCCGCUCCCACGCCGCUCCCACGCCGCUCCCACGCCGCUCCCACGCCGCUCCCCGCCGCUCCCACGCCGCUCCCACGCCGCUCCCACGCCGCUCCCACGCCGCUCCCACGCCGCUCCCGCCGCUCCCACGCCGCUCCCACGCCGCUCCCACGCCGCUCCCCACGCCGCUCCCUCGCCGCUCCCACGCCGCUCCCACGCCGCUCCCACGCCGCUCCCACGCCGCUCCCACGCCGCUCCCACGCCGCUCCCACGCCGCUCCCUCGCCGCUCCCACGCCGCACGCGCCCACGCCGCUCCCACGCCGCUCCCACGCCGCUCCCACGCCGCUCCCACGCCGCUCCCUCGCCGCUCCCACGCCGCUCCCACGCCGCUCCCACGCCGCUCCCACGCCGCUCCCACGCCGCUCCCACGCCGCUCCCACGCCGCUCCCACGCCGCUCCCACGCCGCUCCCACGCCGCUCCCACGCCGCUCCCACGCCGCUCCCACGCCGCUCCCACGCCGCUCCCUCGCCGCUCCCACGCCGCUCCCACGCCGCUCCCUCGCCGCUCCCACGCCGCUCCCACGCCGCUCCCACGCCGCUCCCACGCCGCUCCCACGCCGCUCCCACGCCGCUCCCACGCCGCUCCCACGCCGCUCCCACGCCGCUCCCACGCCGCUCCCACGCCGCUCCCACGCCGCUCCCACGCCGCUCCCACGCCGCUCCCACGCCGCUCCCACGCCGCUGCUAA